GUCACAGCCAGUCUGUUCUCUGGUAACCAGCUUCUUCAGAUAAACGCCGUUGGAGUCCGUCCGCGACAGCCGACAUCACGGACGAAACCAAGUCCGACUGUUCGGUUCUCCGUUUCACUGCACAUCAUGGAUCCGGCGAACCAGUUGGACCUUGAAGGUCCACCACGCAAGAAGAUGAGAAAAGGCACUAGAAGCUGCAUUGAAUGUCGACGCCGGAAGAUCCGUUGCACCUUUGAUCCAGAACGUCACAACGUCUGUAAUGAGUGUUAUGCCAGAGGAUCCGUAUGCAUUGAUCAGGAACAUGGCUCCUUGCCGCCACGCAGCACUGGGGGAGAGCAGCGAUACAGUCUGCGAGAGAGAGUCGCCCAGCUGGAAACUGUUGUGGCUGGUAUUUUGACGCAAUUGGAAGGUCGCCAAUCGAGUGUCCCUCUCGCUCAUUCUGCACAAAGCUUUUCAGAGAAUGAACGAGCUGCCAGGGCUCAGAGAAGCACCAGCCAUGACAUAUGUCCAACACCGACAGUUUCCUCGGUGUCUUCUUCGUACGAUCAGCUGGAAACUGCGAACGCUCCUGUUUUGCAACUGUUCAAUAACUACGUAGUCUCUCGAGAAGAUCCCCCAUCGGGCGACGACAGCAAAGCUGUGCCACAGGAUAUGUCACCCAAGGCUCUCUCUGCACGAAAUGCAUUGAUCUCUCUUCUGCCUCCAAAUCCAGAUAUAGAUAGAAUUCUCAACGGAACCAUUAAGUGGUGGGCAUACUGGCAAACACGAUUUCCAGAAAUAUGCGAUAACUGCCGCAGGUCUUUAACAACAGGUGUCAGACAUUGCGACAUACCCGCUUCUCCUGCUGAGGUAGCUAAGAUGCUUAUUUGUGUCGUGUUGAGCAUUGAUCAGCUCCCAUUGGAUUUUGAUUAUUCUGCAUUACAACGACCUUUCGACCCAAAGAAGUACACCGACCGCUGCAUUUCCGAGAUAUACAGGCUCAUCGUCCAUGAUGAUGACUUUGCAGCCACCUUUCCGGGGAUCGAGUGUCAGAUGCUAAUCUCGAAAUAUCAUACUAAUGUCGGGCGGCCACGAAAAGCCUGGUUGGCCUGUCGUCGGGCUAUCGAAUUUGCCCAACUCACUGGCCUGCAUUUAUUAACCGCAAAACCGCCUCGCCCCGGUGAUGAGCUAUAUGAUCGUCGUCUACGACUAUGGAUCAAUUUGGUUUCAACAGACCGGUUCCUCAGUCUCAUUUUGGGCCUUCCAUACUCUGUUUCGGACGAUGCUUAUUCCCCACAAGUUAAAUUGUGUUUAAACGGCCAACUGACCGGGUUUGAGAGAUAUGUGGCUCGCAUAGGAGUCUUCAUGGGGCAGGUCAUCGACCGGAAUCAACGUCCUGGAGAAAUGUCCCUGCCGGAGACAUUGAGGAUGGAUCAGGAACUGGAGGAGCUGGCAAAAGAGAUGCCAAGCAGCUGGUGGGACCCGAAUGCCGGUGACCAGUAUACAGUACAAGAGAAUUGUGAUCGCCUGAUGAGCCUCUUCUACCAUAGUUUCCUACGCUCUCUGCUUCACCUACCAUUCAUGCUUAAAUCGAACACGGACAGAAGGUGCAAAUAUUGUCACGAUGCCGCUCUCGAAUCCUCCAGGAAUGGCUUGGUCGCCUACACGGAUCUGAGAGCUCUUGCAGGCAUCAAUCCCUACAUAUGCAAAGUGCUUGACUUCUUCGCGUUCACUUUGGGUAUGCUUUUGGUCGUCCAUUUACUUGGCUACUCGGAGGAAUUGGAGAACUACAGCAGAAUGCAAGAUGAAAAGGACUGGCAGCUGGUGAAUAAAACUACCGAGAGUCUACGUCGUGCUGCUGCAGAGAGCGGCGGCACUGUGGCUGCGCAGUCUGCCAAUAUCUUGGGCACGAUAUGUGACAACUGUUCGUCUGGAGAUUCUUGCCCUGGCUCGACGAGUGGCAGCAGAAGCUGCAAGAUCACGGUCCCAUUCUUUGGCACCAUCACUGUCGCGCCGGGGAAGAAAUUCUCCGCUCAACGUAUCACUCAAUGCUCGCCUCAGACAUCAAGCUAUUCCCAGGUAUCAAGCCAGAAAGGGAACCAGCUGUACACUCCUCCGCAGUCCAAUCCGACGGCCGUCAGUUCGACGCAGCCGACACCGAUACCAGAGGGUGGCUACCCGGAUGAGUCGUGGAUCCAGCUGCAAAACGUGGUUGCGCUACCAUAUACGGGACUGGACCCAAACGGCUUUCACAAUUCCUUCGAAGACCCAGGGCUAGGCAUGUGGUCGAAUCCCCUCGUUGGUCUCGAUCUGGACCAGGGCUGGAACCUGAACUGGACUGAAGAUGGCAACGCAGUGAUCGAAUAAUCCUCUGCGAAUAAGGUCCAU